GGCUGCGAAUGCAUCACCGCCUGGAGGAGGCGCAUGUUGGACCGGACAAAGCCCGACACUUCAUUGAUAAGCAGUUGGCACAGAUCGCCUUCUUGGUGGGCGAACUGAAGGAGGCACGCGAGCUCAUUGUCAAUCUGCAGCAGCGUCAGGAUUUCAUGGACAAGGGUGUCAAAAAGAAGGAUCUGGUUAUUGCCGAUCUCAAGCUGCAGAUGCGAAACCUCGAGGACCAUAAAAACUUUCUCAUCAUGCACGCCGACUUUGCCGAACUAAACGAAAAAUAUAGAAAUGCUAUGAUGCAGAUAAGUGAACUAAAAGAAGCAUUAAUAUCAAAUCCAUCGAAUCGGAGACCCAAUCUCAAGUCGAGGGUCGGUUAAACAAAGAGAUGACCAAAUUGCGGGAGAAGAUCGAUCUCGAUCAUCAGAUGCUCACCGCUCGGAACCAGUUGAUAAGCAGCCUGCAGAAGACCGAGCCAAACUGGACAAAAUUUACUGUAAAGUUGGCGAGAAAAACAUGCUGAUCAGUCAGGUGAACAACGAGCUGGCCUCGAAGGAGGAGGAGUCGCGCAAACUCUUCGGGAUCCUGAAAUUCAAGCAGAGGGAGGUGAGGCGGCAGGAGCAUGUCAUCCAGUUGCUGAAGGAGCAAAUAGCGCGGGGAUCUAUGGCGCUAAAAGAGCAAGAGGUGCGGAUUGUCACUAUGCAAGAAGAGAUUAAACGCCUGAAGCAGACCCUG